AUGGAAAAAGAGAAAAUCGAUAAUCAUUAUCUAUUACUCAAACUUGGUAAUUUAAGCAAAAACCACAUAGACAAGUGGAUAUUACAUUUCCAAACAAAACCCAUAAGAAACGUACGAUACAUGACUAUUGAAAGUGUUGAUAUCAUACCAGAAGAGGUUGUUUUGGUUGCUCUUGGAGGCCCAUCGUCAUCUGGAAAGACAACAGUUGCUAAAUCGCUAAAGCUCCUCUUGCCAAAGAAUACUAUGCUAAUACAUUUGGAUGAUUUUUACUUGACAGAUUCAGAAAUCCCAAUAGACAAAGAAACAGGGUAUCAAAAUUGGGAUUGUCCUGAAGCGAUCAACUUUAACAAAUUUAUCAAAUGUAUUAUUAAUUUCAAGAAUGGCAUUGUUUCAGAUAUAAAGUCUAUAGAACCAACUGAGGCAGAUUUAAAAUUGCUGGAAUCUGACGAGUCAGAACUUCUCAACAAAAUUACUGAAAUGGGAUAUAAGUUUAAAAAUAAAAAAAUCGUUUUAGUUGAUGGGUUUAUGUUGUUUCACGAUCCGGAGAUAAUUAACCUAUUUGAUGUAAAGUUAUUUUUCCAUGCCCCAUUCGAAACUUUGAAGCAAAGAAGGGAAUCAAGAAGUGGUUACACUACAACAGAAGGAUUUUGGGUAGAUCCUCCUGACUAUUUUUCCAAAAUUGUCUUACCUGCUUAUGUCUCUAGUCAUGAAUAUUUAUUUACGAAUAGAGACGUUGUGAACAAUAAGGUUGAUCAAUCCUUGAUUAAAAAGUAUAAUCUUGUGGAUAUGAAUAAUGAUGAUACAAUCCCUCUCCGUGAAUUGGUGGAGAAAGCCCUAACCUCUAUCAUAGAACGUUUAUAG